CAGAAAAAUAGUCAUCAUCGGAUAUUUUCAAAAAGCGAUUGGCAACAUUUUGCAUGUAUGCGGAGACAGCUGUUUGAGACUAGUAUUUAUAGUUAGUUAUUACAAAGGGACAUAUCUACAAUUCUGUUGAGCUGUUACACGCUCAUGCAGUCCAUCACUUGUUGUAAGCGGUCAUUGCCGCUCGUGCUCAGAAAAACGAAUGACAGUUUUUCAGAUCCCAUCGAUCGUCUUUCAAGGAAGGAUACCUAGCCGGCUAGCUGUAGGCUAUCCUUUACUCGAAGCCUAAUGAUAGGCAUGCCAUUUUAAUGCACUAGCUACUGAACAUGUCAAUUACAUUUUGUUUCAUUCUUUAUACUUGUAGCAACUGGUUGUGUUAUUGUCACUGUUGGUGAUGCAAGUUGUGACUUUAAAUCUGUAUCAUGAAUAGCCUAGACAGUUUAUAAACAUAGCUAGCCUAACGGUAUUAGCUAGCUUAAUGCUAUCUAGGUCUCCCCAUUGCAUUGAAUUAUUUUGUCAAAACUAUUAGCCAGCUACCGUUCUACUGAAGAGAAAUCGCAGCCAAAAUGGAUUCAUUCUUGGACUAUGAAGAAUGCAUCCAGGACUCACCUGCAUUUAGGCUUACCCUGGAUAAGUGUCAAACUGAUGUUGCAGAGCUGCAGAGUCGAGUGGAAAAGGUGAUGAAGCUCUGUGGCAAGAUGGUUGAAUCAGGGCAAGCAUACAACACAGCAAAUCAGCAUUUCCUCGCCGGACUGGCUGAGUUCUCCACGUAUCACAAACGUGACAGCGUCAUCAUGAACUGCAUGAGUCAGUUCAUUCAAGGACUACAGGAGAUGAUCAACUUUCAUACUGUGCUGUUUGACCAGACGCAGAGAGCUAUCACUCAGCAGCUGUCAAACCUUCUCACACAGUUCAUACCCCAGCUAGGAGAGACUAGGAAGGAGUUUGUGCGGAUUGGGGAGGAUCUGGAGACAGCGGCGGUGAAAAAUGCCCAGAUAUACCGCCACAAAGUCACAGAUGCAGAGCGUGCCAGCCAUCUGCUGUUGGCCACACGCAAAUGUCACCAGCACUUUGCCCUUGAUUACUGCUUGCAGCUGAAUAACUUCAAGGCCCAGCAGAAGCUGGACAUCCUAAAUUCUGUGUUCUCCUACUUCCAUGCCCAGUAUACCUUCUUCCACCAAGGCUUUGACUUGCUGAGAGACUUGGAGCCCACUAUGAAGUCCAUGGCCGCACAGCUUGCUCAACUCUCGACUGAAUGUACAGCUAAAAGAAAGGACCUGGAGAAUACCCACCUACUGAUCCAGCAGAGAGAUGCCUCAGGGGAGCCCAUACUACGUUCCUGUCCUGAUGGUGGGGAAACCAUACAGGGCUACCUUUUCAAAAGAUCUCGGAGAAAGAACAAGACAUGGAAGAGAUGCUGGUUCUCCAUUAAAGACAACCAAUUGGUGUACACAAAGUCACACAAGGAGGAGCCUGUGUCGCUGUUUGAUGACCUCAGGCUGUGUGCGGUGAAGUCUCUGGACAGCAUUGACCGCCGCUUCAGUUUUGAGCUGGUUUCUGUUAAAAAAUGCUGUGCCCUYCAGGCUGACUCAGAGGAGCUGAAGCAGGCUUGGAUCAGUGCCGUUCUAGGGAGCAUAGACAUGGCCUACCGCGAGAGAGUGGAGUCCCAGCAGCCUCAGCCCAAAGAAAUCCCUCUGCCCCUCCAGAGCCCCUCAGACCCCCAGCCAGGACARCCUCCUCAAAGGCCUGCGGCUUUGGUUGUGGCCCUCCAAAGUCCGGGGAACCACCGCUGCUGCGACUGCAGUGAGGAGGAGCCACGCUGGGCCAGCGUCAACCUGGGUAUCACCGUGUGCAUCGAGUGCUCCGGCAUCCACAGGAGCCUUGGGGUCCAUCUCUCCAAAGUGCGAUCUCUCACCCUAGACUCCUGGGAUCCCGAACAGCUGAAGCUGCUGUGUGGUCUGGGUAAUGAUGUCAUCAAUGGGAUAUAUGAGUCCAGGUGUGCAGCAGAGGGCAGAGUAAAGCCUAGUCCUGGCAGCCCUCGCCCAGAGAAAGAGACAUGGAUUAAAGAGAAAUAUGUGGAGAAAAGAUUUGUGAAGGAUGCCAGCUCGCCUGAAACACAGAUUGGGAGGGAGAAUGCAGGACGCCAGUUGUACCGGGCUGCUUUCCAAGGGGACCUGGUCACCAUGGCAUCAGCAUUGGCGCAGGGUGCAGAGGUGAACUGGAGCCACGCUGAGGAGGAGGGACGCACUGCUCUCAUUGGCUCAACUUUUGGGGGCUCCCUAUCGGCCUGUGAGUUCCUACUGCAGAAUGGAGCCAAUGUAAACUACCGUGACCAGCGCGGUCAAGGUGCCCUUCACACUGCAGCCACCUGGGGCCACACAGGGCAAGUGUGUCUACUUCUAAAAAAGGGAGCCAAUCAGUAUGCAGUUGACGAGAGGGGGCAGGACCCACUCGCCAUUGCCAUAGAGACAGCACAUGCCGAUAUUGUAACCCUACUACGAAUGGCUCGCAUGAAUGAAGAGAUGAGGGACUCCGAGGGAUUCUUUGGAUCUAUGGGUGAUGAUGAGACAUUUCAAGACAUCUUCCGUGACUUCAGUGAUAUGGCUUCUCACGAUCCAGAAAGACUCACCCGUCGACAGUUCAGCAGAAGCGGACAAGAGGAGGGACAGGGCAAGAGGAUGGUGAAUUACCAGGACAAGGCAGAGAAGGAGGAGGAAGACACAUAGGGAGAAUCUCAAUUGCAUACUCCUCGUGUCCUCUCAUCUUGCCUCUUUCUAAAAACCCAUUGGAGGAAAAGGUCAGACGGGUGGGGCCUCUGGCAUUCUCAUCCAAUGGGUUUUGAGAAGGAGGUGAGGAGAGAGCACGCAAGGAUUAUGCAAUAGAGAUUCUCCCAUGUAAAUAAAGAGGAGGAGACCUAGGGUUUGGAAUUCUAAAGGAAAAGGGGCGUUACCACUUUUCAGGUCAAGAAUGGGGAACCCAGGGGUGAAUCCAAUGAGGUGAAACGUUCACAACGUUGCAGGUAGAAAUGACAUGGCUCUCAGUUCUACAUAACAAACACUCACACCUAAUCUAUACAAAACAUCUACAGUAUAUCUAAACAUUCUGUAAAGUUGCACCCUCCUGGUCCUUCAGGGCUGCAGUGUCGGACAGUUGUCAUUGUGCCUCAGCAGUUAAAUAACAAAUCAAAUUCUGACUUGAACAAAGUAAAACAUAUAGAUUUCUUUUAACUUGCUUCAGUUUUGAGGCACACUUUUAAAGUUAUUAGAAAAGUUCCCUGAACAGUUUUACAAAGAAAAAGAAAACUUAAACUACUAGGCCUAGGAAGGAAGCAAACGGUCUCAGGAUCUCAAUCCUGUUUAGAACUUAUUAUAUUCAAUGUUACAGAUGCAUAUGAACUGUGUUUGCUCAGUSUGCUGUAAUGCCCAAAAAGGACAUAAAUAAGGAAUAUAAAAGGGUUACAUAUUGAAAUACUAAAGUAUUAUAUUUUUUAUGUAUUGUUAUUAGCCACUCCAAUAUUUCAGAUGUUAUUAGAUGACUUACACUUACUGACUGAACUGCUGCAUGCCAUAGCCUAUACAUGUUGCUAAUUACAGGUCAUCUGAGUGAACAGUUGAUUCUUGCUGAACGUGGGGUGUAUUCACUAGGAACCAAACAGGACGAAACAGAGAGGGACCUACCCAAAUCUGUCCAAUAAAAACUUGUUUUCAUUGCAGAACAUUUUCUGUUGUGAAACAUUUUUGUUACAUUGUGUACUAAUGAUUACACCCCGGUUAAUCUUUAAAUUUGAGUCUGGAUCAAUCCCAUUGAAAGCAAUGGCUCCUUAUAAUAGACUCUUAUUGUUAUGUUUUUUUUGCAGAGGAAUUAAGUGGACCAAAACUGUAAAAUGAGAAUGCAGGGAUUUAGAAUGUAUUAUAAAGCGGGUAGUUUGGGUCCUGGAUUAUAAUUGGCUGAAACAGCAUUUCAGCUGUGUGUAUAUCAGACAAUAUGACGCAGAAAU